CUCGAACCAGCGGUACCGAUACUGGGGAGCGAAUACCAACAACCCAACAUUCCACCACUCGCCACCCCCAAGACCCUACAACCAUGAAGCCAAUGUUCUCCCUCUUCAACGUCUGGUCAUGCAUCGUAACCUCCGCCCUCGGGAUCGUCAUAUUAAGUGUUCUCGGCGCGCUCUUUAGAUCCGGGCACGAAACAAUGGUCGGAUCAACCGGGGAUCCGGAGGACGGGGAGAAAGUUGCCGGAAUCCUGUUUGGAGCUGUCAUGGUUUAUGCUGGGUUUUUGGUGUUUUGUUCUGGACAGGCGUGGUUGCACAGUCGGGAGAGGCGGGUGCAGUUGCAGUAGAUGGGUGGGGAGAGAUGUUUUGGAGGGGUAAAGGGGGGUUAAUUAUUGAGAUCGUGAUGGUAUGAUAUUGGGUAUCCGCUUUUUCCUCUCCUUUUUUCCUGUUUUGUUGCUGUUUGAAUAUAUUAUAUUAUUAUUUUUUUCAA